CAGAUUAAAAUAGGACUCGCUCUACUAAUGGGUUCCGCUCAAUCGAACGCCCGCGCUGCGGAAAAGAGGGCUUACGGUGCAGAAUUCAAAGAGCGCAGGGCAGCCCGCCAAGAAAACAAACUCAAGCUCGAAACCAAAUGGAAAGCAAGUAUGGCAGGCAAUCCAAUUACGGCCAUCUCUCCACUAAAGCCCAAGAUGGAAGCAAAACCUGAACCUGUUCCUCCUGCUCCGCUGCAAACCAAUAGACAGCGAGUGAAAGAGCUUUUGUCUAGAAACCAGAAAUAGAUUGAAAUCAAUAAUUGCGUAUCAUUGUUAUAAAGAGCGAAAUACUGCUAGGAAAAGAAAAAAUGCCUUGGGCGAAACCGCGUCCGG